CCUAUGAUUUCGUCCUUUGUGUGUUUGAUAAAUCUAGUUAAACCCUUUCGUAUUAUUUCACAAAACCGCGUACGUCGGCACGUGCGCGCUCGGUGGUCGUGUGUGCGCGUUAAGACUGAGAUUAACGAAAUAUCGCUGUUGUUGUUGUUGUGGCGCAUUGGUUUUCACAUGUUUUUAACGCAUUAUUCUGUAUUGUUUUGAAUUGCACAACAACGUUGACGAUAUGCUGUGUUAAAUGGGAAAUCUGUCCUAUGUUAUAUAACGUGUAGUAAGAGAUGGUCAUGUAUGCUUGCGCUCGUCAGACGCACGUCGUGGUUACGCACAUCUCGAUGUAGGUUACUGAUGCAUUUACGUCACUAUACAAAUGAAUUAGGGAGGCAAAAUCCCCUGUUUUGAAAUACUUUGUUGAUGGAAAUAGGCGGAAGUGUAGAUAACAGGGAUCUCCUUUUAAUCAGUGAUGCUGUCUGUCUACGUUGCUCAGGCACUAAUGCUGUAUUUAUUAUUUUUGUCAUACCGUGAUCAUCUUUUGAACUGGAAUAUCUCCCAUCACUACAGUGAAUUCACACUAAAAUAAUAGAAUUAGAGUUUAACAGAGAAAUAUCACAAUGGUCUCCCAUGAUGAACUCACAGUGAGUCGGUCACGUUGUGACCAGUAUUAGCACACAUUAGUGAGUGUGCUGUGAGGUGACACUUCUAGCUCACUGUGACCCUAAAGUGUAAACUGCUGUAAACAUUGCAAGUGUAAUGAAGGUCACUACAUGGAGGUGUGCCUUUAAUUCAACCUAGCGGAUUGGUCACUAAAAACCAGCUCACUCACAUUUCAUUUCAUACUCCAAGCAACUUCAAGUUCAUUUCAUGACCGAACGUGAUGAUGUCCAAUAAGUGGGUACUUGAGAAUAAUGUGGCUGGCAAUGCUUCUAGCUUUAAGGCCACAGACACAGUGAUACAGAUAGCUCAGACCCAUAAACCAAAACCUGACCUGAAUGGCCUGGUGUUUGGGACGGUCUUUACUGACCACAUGCUGACCAUUGAGUGGAGUCUUGAGGAAGGCUGGCAGAAGCCGCACAUCCAGCCUUUUGGGAACCUGUCCAUACACCCAGGCUGUUCUUCCCUGCAUUACGCUGUACAGCUUUUUGAGGGUAUGAAGGCGUACCGGGGGCCAGAUAACAAAGUGCGUCUCUUCAGACCCAUGAUAAACAUGAAGCGGAUGCUGAAGUCCGCCCACAGGGCCUGUCUGCCUAGUUUUGAUUGUGCGGAGUUAUUGGAGUGCAUCAGGAAGUUGGUGGAGGUGGAUCAGGAUUGGGUUCCUCACUCAGACUCUGCCAGUUUGUACAUCCGUCCCACCUUCCUUGGCACAGAGCCCACCCUUGGUGUCAAGAAGCCCAACAAGGCAUUGCUUUUUGUCAUUCUUAGUCCCGUGGGCUCAUACUUUAGCACCGGUGCUAAACCAGUGUCUCUGUGGGCCGACUCCAAAUACAUCAGAGCUUGGAGAGGAGGGACAGGAGACUGUAAGAUGGGAGGGAACUAUGGGGCAUCUAUCUAUGCCCAGUAUGAGGCAGUGGAUUACGGCUGUCAGCAGGUUCUGUGGCUGUACGGGGACGACCAUCAGAUCACAGAGGUCGGCACCAUGAACCUUUUCCUCUACUGGAUCAAUGAGAGAGGAGAGGAAGAGCUUGCAACACCACCUUUAGAUGGCAUUAUUUUGCCGGGCGUUACACGACUAAGCAUCCUAGAACUUACACGCAAAUGGGGUGAGUUCAAAGUAUCCGAGCGCUAUUUGACCAUGGCCGACCUGCGGCAGGCUCUGGAGGAAAACCGAGUGAGGGAGAUGUUUGGUUCUGGAACCGCUUGUGUUGUUAGUCCAGUUGGCAGGAUCUUGUAUCAGGGAGAGAAUCUCCAUAUUCCAUGUGAAGGAAGCUUUCCUCCACUUGCCUCCAGACUGCUAAAAGAGCUCACAGAUAUUCAGUAUGGACGGACCCCCAGUGACUGGUCUUGUAUUGUAUAAAGACACCUCAACUAUGUCAACAUGCACAAGCUCUUCAACUUAUUUAAAACAACUUUAUUUGUGGCUCCAAAGAAUAAGUUUCUUGCCAUGUUUGUGUAUGUUUUGUUUUUUUACCAAGUUUACCAGCAAACUGAAUCCUAGUCUAGCAAUAACAUGUUGCUCUUUAGCAUACUAAACCACUCAGAUGACUCCUUUGGGUCAUAUUUUAUUCAACAGAAACCAGCAGAGCAGAAUAGGUGACUAUUUCAUUAAAACGAUCUUAUGAUAUUGCUGUCAUAUAUAUUUACAUUUACAUUUAUUCAUUUAGCAGACGCUUUUAUCCAAAGCGACUUACAGAUGAGGACAGUGGAAGCAAUCAAAAACAACAAAAAGAGCAA